CCCCCACGGCGGGGGGCGGGGGGAGCGGCCGCCAUCUCUCGCCAGUGACGUCAAGGACCCUGCCCCGGAAGCGCUCGCGUCUUUCACUGUCUUUUUCUUAUCGCUUCCGGGUGGCGAGUACCGCCCUUUCCGGUCUGGGCUAGUGGCGAGGUAUCUCCUCUUGCACAUCCCUGCGUAGUUACAUAUAGAAAAAUAAGAUGCAGAACGACGCUGGGGAAUUUGUGGACCUGUAUGUGCCUCGUAAAUGCUCUGCUAGCAACCGAAUAAUCGGUGCUAAGGACCAUGCUUCCAUUCAAAUGAAUAUUUCUGAGGUUGACAAAGUCACAGGCAGAGUCAAUGGCCAGUUCAAAACUUAUGCCAUUUGUGGAGCGAUUCGUAGGAUGGGUGAAUCUGAUGAUUCUAUUCUGCGUCUGGCAAAAAAUGAUGGGAUUGUUUCCAAGAAUUUCUAACUGAAGAUGCUCUCUGAUAUGGAACAUUUUGUUGUAAAAUAAACAGCUUAAACAUA